CGAUUCGAACCGGGACGAGAUCCCCAAUCCCCUCCACGACUCCCUCCCGUCCCGCACGCAUCAAACACGCAAUCCCGCCGCCAACUCUGUUGACGACCCCGCGCCGGCGUCGCCCCGCACCCACGCCACCGCUAACGUCCGGCCGCCGCCAUGGCCUCAUCCUCAUCCUCCGAGUCCGAGUCCAGCAAGCCCGCGCCCGCGCCCGCGCGCCCUCCGUCCCGCGACUUCCUUGCCCACCUCGAGGCCUACCUCGCCCGCCGCGACGGCGUCGACAAGUUCCUCAAGAUCUCCCGCUACUCCGCGCGCCUCGCGCUCGCCGCGGGCCCGCCGCUGCCGCCCGCCGCCGCCGCCCGCCUCAAGUCCUUCGAGUCCAGCGUUGGGCUCAGCCGCAAGGCCUUCCGCCUCGGCAAGUUCGUGCAGUCCCUCAACGCCCUCCGCGCCCACCCGUACCCGCCCCCGGCCCUCGCCAUCCUCGCCUGCGGCGGCGAGGGCGUCUACUACUUCCUCGAGCAGUUCGUCUGGCUCGCCAAGGCUGGGCUCCUGCCCGCGCACCUCCUCCCGCGCCUCCAGCGCCUCAGCGCCUGGGCCGAGCUGCUGGGCUACGUCGGCUCCAUCGCGAUUAAGCUGGAAGAGGUGGCGAGGAUCGAAUCGUCCGUCAAGAAGCGCCUCGCCGACGGCUGCGGGGAGGAGAGCGAGGCCGUGAGGACGAUGCGGGGUAAGCUGCUGCUGAAGCGGAUGUCGGUGGUGCAGGACGUGGCGGACGCGGUCAUGGCGCUCGGAGACGUCACCGACGGGAAGGGUUUGCUCGGGAGCUCCACGCUGAUGGCAUCCGCAGGCCUGCUCUCGGCGUUGAUCAGCACGCACAAGAACUGGAAUUCCUGUUGAGUCCUGAAGAUUACUAGCUUACAAGUUAGCUUCAUAGUUCCCAAAUCAGAAGCAUUGAGGUUGAGGUGCAGCCGCGCUGCUGAAACCUUGAGCUGUCUGUCAGGGAAGAGAUCUCAAUGUCAGAUUAACUUGCAGCACAAAGAUUUAUGUUUGUUCCCAACAUAUCGAAUUAGCCAUUGUAGUAUGCCUUUCAUGCGCAAAAGGGAAAAAUGCACAUAUCAAAGACAUGCAUAGACUUUCCCUGAACCUUGAACUUAUUUCUUUCGGGUUUCAUCUUUAGCCUACCCCAACUUGCUUGGGAAAAAAGGCUAUGUUGUUGUUGUUGUUGUUGUUGUUGUUGUUGUUGUGUGUGUGUGUGUGUGUGCGCGCGCGCGCGCGUUGUGUUACUAAUACCAAAGCCCAAAACAACAGUGGCCAAAUUGGAUGCCAACACUCUGGAGCUAGUGUGAGAAGGCCUAACACACUGAUUCUGAAACAGAAUGCUCAUGUUCCGAAGCAUAAAUGAGGCAAACACAAAUUAUAUUUCAUUUAUAAUGCUCUACACGUUGGCCUAAUUCAAUCUACCUGGAAAGAAAGGUGAGUAUCUGCAUUUCUAUAUCUCAGAGCCAAAUAGAACUUCCUGACUCCUGAGCUGUCUAAUUGUAACAACUCAAUGUACUGUAGAAAAUUUUCAUUGCCUCCAAAAUGCAACGUGACUUUGUCUUUAAUAUUGAUAAAGACAAAGGUUCAAGUAACAGAUGCGCAUAGCGUAAUAUCUCUCUUCUUAUUCAUUAACCAUUGAUUCAUGUAAUGCCAUAAGUGCUGCGGUUGCCUCGCUGGCAAUAGCAUGACAUGAGAAUCUAAUAUUGUGCUGCACCAUGGAAUUCGCUCAAUUUUGACUCUUCUGUUAAGAUGAUCUGCAGAUAGGGACUUAAACAAUGUUGCUGUGGUAGUGACUAGGGAGCCUUAAGUGCUUCAAGGUUCUGCCAUACGGUAACAAGGUUUACCAUGUUUAGUUAGGCAAUGAUGCAGCCACGUUUGAUAUGAAAAAUCUAUAUCCUUAUAUGUGCAUUCUUUUUGAGUAAGGUCAGCUAAGGAUGUUUCCUUUCGAGCAAGCUAAGUUCAACUUAAGGCUAUCCUUGGUUAUGCUGUUACAUUUUGGGUGUGAUUUGUAUUAACAUAUUGUUUAAGCCUUAAUGCAAACCAAAUAAUCCUUUUUUACAACAUCAAGCCAAAUAAUUAAUAAAUGAGACAAAUAAAGAGGAUUGCAGCAAUUAAAAGCUUUAAUUAGCAAUGAACAUAUUACUAUUUUUGUUGAAUUUGAUUUGUGUCUACUAUUUUCCAAAUAAGACAAGGAUUUUUUUUGUAUAUCUGCUUUUAUUGAUGAGAGUGUAGGGGACUCAUUAUGGCUUCAAUGUUCUGACGAUUUAAACAUGCCCAUUACUACAGCUGCAUAAGCUUGGAAACUUAAUAAUGCUUUGUAUUUACUGUUUUGCCAUAUAACACAUGAAUUAAUUAUGUGCUGCUUAUAUAGAUGAGCUAUAGGAGGAUUAAUUUGCCUGUGCUGUUGUACCUAUCUAGAGAUGUCCAGGUGCAUAAUGAUACAUUUGACAAAUCAUUGCCGCAGUUAUAUGUCCUGGUCACAAGUUGGAUUGCAGUUGGGAUUGAGAUUAUGAGCUGCUGUAUCAGUUUUAACUAGAGAAGGAACUCAUUUACUCCUCAUAGAUACCAUUUCUAAAUGUUAGAGGAACUUAUUUGUUCCUCUUAUAGCA